AUGGCCAGAACCAAAAGCGAAGACAAUGUCAGUAAAUUGACCACAGAAGAAUGCAAACAAAGUGGCCGGGAGCUAUAUCAAAAGUACAUUCAACAGAACCAAGAGGUAACAGAUUUCCAGAUCGUGUCGACUAUUCGUUAUGAUCCAAAUAUCUCCAAAGUGAAACCGAAGGCCGUAGAUGACAUUACAGCCGAAAACUUCUUUCUAUUACCUGAACACAUCAACAGGCUUCAGUUUACGAUCGAAUUCUUCACAAGAAAUGAGGAAACAACUUUGGUCUUCGAAGAGAAGACGAUACUAGAUCAGUUGGUCACAUCCAUAAAAGACAAUAGUCAUCCAGUAGAUACACCAUUAAGAAUCAGAUUGCUAGUUGGUUUGGACGGCCAAGUGACAUUAGAAUUCUUUGAAACGAUUGAACGCCCUAACUUGUUACGUGGGUUGGAUGACGAUAUCCCUGAAGACGAGAUAUGGGAUAUAUAUGUGGACUCAGAAACCAUUCUAAUGUCUCCCUUCACGUCAUUUAAAACCACCCAUAGGUCCCACUACAACGCUGCACGAGAAAAGUGUUUGCCUGGUGCACGAGUAGGAAAAGAGGAAGUGAUUCUCGGAAAUGUUCGGGGUGAGUUGAUGGAAGGGUCCAUCACUAACAUCGCAGUUCAUAAGGAUGGGAAAUGGGUAACGCCUGAGUUGAGUUCUGGAUGUUUAUGUGGAGUCACCCGAAGCUUUUUGCUAAUGAAUAUGUACAUAAAAGAAGGUAAACUUGAAUUGAAAGACGUCAACAUUGGUGAUGAGGUGCUUCUUUUCAAUGGAGUGGCAGGUGUUGUUAGAGGACAAGUCAAGGCAAUUGUAUGA